UCUUUUUGGUAUCUCCCAAACUUCCUUUGUCGGGGAGACUACACAGACUAACCCAGUCCCUCACCGGCCCGCCUUGCCCGCCCCGCAUGGUCUCCUCAGACGCCGCUGGCAGGAUUUCACUCACUCCUCCCCCCCUCUUUCUCAGCCGCCACAACUCGCGAGGCCUCCAUGACUGACGGACGGACUGCGGGGACCGAAAGCGAGGCUGCUGGCUGCCACAGCUAUUGAGGAAAGAAUAAAUCUUUUGAUUUAUGGCUGCAUCAAGACAAGUGGCUGCUUUCCGUCUCCCACCUCUGCCAACAAUUGGAGAGAUUAUUAAACUGUUUAAGCUUCGAGCUUUAAAACAGCUAUCUCAAAACUUUCUUCUGGACCUGAAACUUGCAAAUAAGAUAGUGAGAAGUGCUGGCAGUCUGAAAGAUGCCUUUGUAUGUGAGGUAGGCCCUGGUCCAGGAUCAAUCACAAGACCCAUCUUGAAUGCUGGUGUUGCAGAGCUCCUGUUAGUUGAAAAAGAUCCCCGCUUUAUUCCAGGGCUGCAGAUGCUCUCUGAAGCAGCUCCAGGAAAAGUUCGUAUUGUUCAUGGGGAUAUUUUGACAUAUAAGUUGGAGAAAGCUUUUCCACAGCACCUUAAGAAGGAAUGGGAAGAUGAUCUCCCCAACAUACAUAUUAUUGGAAAUCUGCCUUUCAGUGUUUCAACUCCACUAAUAAUCAAGUGGCUUGAGAAUGUAUCUGAAAGGAAUGGUCCAUUUAGUUAUGGUAGGACACAGAUGACUCUAACAUUUCAAAAGGAAGUAGGGGAGAGGCUGACAGCUAGUACAGGAACCAGGCAGCGUAGCAGACUUUCUAUUAUGGCUCAGCAUCUGUGCACUGUUCACAAUUGUUUUACAAUUCCGGGCCAAGCUUUUGUCCCCAAGCCAGAGGUGGAUGUGACUAUCAUACAUUUUACACCGUUGGUGCAACCAAAGAUACAACAGCCCUUUAAGCUGGUGGAGAAAGUUGUUCAAAGUGUUUUUCAGUUCAGAAGAAAACACUGUCAUCAAGGAAUACGAAUCUUGUUUCCUGAAGCUGAACGUUUGGAAAAAGCUGAACAGAUGCUCAUGUUAGCUGAUGUUGAUCCAACUCUGCGCCCAACUCAGCUUUCUAUGUUUCACUUUAAAAAUCUUUGUGACGUGUACAGGAAAAUGUGUGAUGAAGACCCAAAGCUGUUUGUUUACAACUACCGGGAAGAACUGAAAUGGAAGAAAAAGAGGAAGAACUGCAACUUAGAAAGGACUGAGGAUGACAGGUUGCUUUAGCGAAGCAAAAGGACUAACGGUGGAGUGAAGUAUUUCAGCAAGUGUGCAUAUUUUCAUAUCUUCUGGGAGCAAAGCAUAUCUAAAAUGAAUGUGAGGGCAAAAGAAGAUGAGCAUCAGGAUUACAGAAUAAAUACAGGUUUUUCCCUAAAAUGGAACACCCUACCUACAUUGACAAUUUGACAGCAUAAACAAGGAUAGAACAAGCAGAAGAUUGAAUGCCCAUAUGUUGAACUCAGUACCUCAGAGAAAAAGGCAAAACACAACGAACAUCCUACUGAAUAGAACAUUUUACUGUACAGGCUUGUAGAGAAAAUAAAAAAUACAAUAAAAUAAGAUUACAGUACAGACUUUUGUAUUUACAUAUAUAUAUAAAAUAAAGUAUAAA